CCGGUUGGAAUCCCUAAUCACCGCCGCUUCCUUUCCUCAUUUCUUCUCAUUUCUCCCGAGGCACUCGCGCUGUCCACUCCUGCCCUCAACUCUCUGCCUCGCACGAUCGACCGGUUAUCCAUGGCGCCCACGGAUCCGGAGAGGAACGAGCCGGAGGAGGAGACCGCAGAGGCCGCCGGAGACGACGAGGACACCGGAGCAGUCGUGCAGCCGAUCGUUAAGCUCGAGGAGGUCGCCGUCACCACCGGGGAGGAGGACGAAGAAGCUCUUUUCGAUGUGAAGGCGAAGCUUUAUCGGUUCGAUAAAGAGGGAAAUCAGUGGAAAGAGAGGGGCGUCGGUAGCGUGAAGCUCCUGAAGCACAAGGAAACUGGGAAGGUCCGGCUGGUUAUGCGGCAGUCCAAGACACUAAAGAUUUGCGCCAAUCAUCUCAUCUUUCCUACGCUAUCUAUCCAAGAGCACGUUGGUAACGACAAGUCCUGCGUGUGGCACGCACCAGACUUUGCUGAUGGGGAGUUGAAGGACGAACUCUUCUGCAUCCGUUUCGGAAGUGUGGAGAACUGCAAGAAGUUCAUGGAAAUGGUUCAGGAAAUCGCAGAAUCCAUGGGCAAGAAAGGAGUAGAGAACAAGGAUGCUGCAGCUACUGCUGAUCUUCUUGAUAAGUUGUCUGUUGGUGGUGAAAAGAAGGAAGCUGAAUCUAGCAGCAGCACUGCACAAGAGAGUGAGAGCAAGCCAUCUGAACCCGCCAAGGAAAAGGAAGCUGUUAAGGAGGCACAAUCUGAGGACUAAGAAAGGGGUAAUUUUCCAGUCACUCUGGUUAAACAUGCCUGCAUUGUUUUAUCUUUGUGAUGCUGGCAUUGCAGAGUCGGUAUCGAUGCGUCCAUGGGUCAGUCAAAGGUUGGAGAGAGUCUGUGUGCUUUGGAUUGUUGAUUGGGGUUUUGUUUUGUGGCUUCGGUGCGGUCUGUGUAAGAGUUGUCUAGGGUCUGGGCGUUGUCGUCUCUUCUGUACUUCGCUCUUCCGAGUGAGAUUUUUCUUCUGUUGGUGCUGUACCUGUUAAUAUGCUUUAUUAUUUUAGAAGGGCAUUGGUUCAAAAGGCAAUCCUUCGACCUUA